GCCAGAGCCAGCUAUCCCAGUCGCUAUGGAAUAAGCCCCGUCCCUCUGCUUGUUUUACAGGUGCAGAGUUUCGUAACGGAAGCCGGGCAGGAUCACCUUACAUUAGAAGUUGUAAAUUCUGCAAGACGUGGAAUUCUGUACUUUUGGGGACUGAAUUAUAUAGAUAGGCGGUUUAAACAGGCUGUUGGUGAAAAGUGGAGAAAAUAAUACACAAGUCGUCAGUUUUGGGGAACGGCAGCCUUGACCAUGAGUAUGACAAAAUCUAAAUUAUGUGACUCUCUGCUUACCUGGAUGCAGACGUUUCAUGUUCCCUCAUCAUGUGCUACAGUGGAGGAGCUGACCAGUGGAGUAGCCAUUGCACAAGUUCUUCACCAAAUAGAUGCUGCUUGGUUUAAUAAAGCAUGGCUGGGGCGCAUAAAGGAAGAAGCCACUGAUAACUGGAGACUGAAAGUCAGCAACCUGAAGAAGAUUUUGCAGAGCAUAUUGGAGUAUUACCAUGAUGCCCUGGGACAGCAGAUUUCCGACUGCCAUCUGCCAGAUGUAAACCUAAUUGGUGACCAUGCAGAUCCUGAGGAACUGGGGCGAUUGCUUCAACUUGUGUUGGGAUGUGCUGUGAGCUGUGAGAAAAAACAAGAACAAAUUCAACAGAUCAUGACCUUGCAAGAGACAGUUCAGCAUGAGUUGAUGACUGCAAUCCAGGAGCUGUUGACACCAAAGGAUGCAGUCGAGCCAGCAGUUAACGAAACCUAUGGAGACUUUGAUUAUCAGUCUAGGAAGUAUUAUUUCCUCAGUGAGGACCUAGAGGAUGAUGACAAAGAUGACCUACCCCAGCGUUGCCAGGACCUGGAGCAGCAGGUUUCUGCACUACUAGAAGAGAAGAACGGUUUAAUGGCGGAGAACAAGACAUUGCAGGAAAAGCUGGCCAACCUGGAUUCCUUCAGUUCCUCCAGUGUCACAGGGAAAAAGCUUCUACUGCUGCAAAGCCAGCUCGAACAGCUGCAGGAGGAGAACUUCAGGUUAGAGAGCGCAAAGGAUGAUUAUCGAAUCCGCUGUGAAGAGUUGGACAAGGAGAUGAUGGAGCUGCACCAUCGAAAUGAGGACCUGACCAGCCUGGCAGAGGAGGCCCAAGCACUGAAAGAUGAAAUGGAUAUCUUACGGCAUUCUUCUGACAAAGUCAACAAGUUGGAGGCCAUGGUGGAGACGUACAAGCGGAAGCUGGAAGACCUGGGAGACCUGAGGAGGCAGGUGAAGCUUUUGGAAGAGCGAAACAUGAUCUACAUGCAAAAGACAUGUGAACUAGAGGAGGAGCAGAGGAAGGCCAGUACUGUCAGAAGCCAGCUGGAAACGUACAAGAAGCAGGUCCAAGAACAACAUUUGAAACAUGCUGAGGAGGCCAUGAAAGCAGAGAAAUGGCAAUUUGAGUUCAAGAACCUCAAAGAAAAGUAUGAGGCAUUGAGAAAAGAAAAAGAGAGUUUGAUAGAGGAAAGGGAUACACUGCGUGAAACAAAUGAUGAACUGAGAUGUUCUCAAGUGCAGCAGAAAUAUUUAAGCUUGUCAGAAUGUGAACCAAACAGUGAUCCUAUGUCAAGCCUGGCUGCGGAGAUUAUGCCCACAGAACUCAAGGAUACAAUUGUCCGCCUGCAGCAGGAGAACAAGAUGCUGUGCAGCCAUGAGGAGACUUACAAGUGCAAACUGGCAGAGACCACAAAGUUGCUCGAAGAGGCAAACCGUAGCCGCAACACACUGGAGGUGGAGAACCGGUUGUUCCAACAACAAAUAGCACAACUCAAGUCUCAAGUAGAAGAACUCCAGAAGUCUCUGCAAGACCAAGGCAGCAAAGCAGAAGACGCCAUUUCCUCCCUACUCAAGAAGAAGCUGGAAGAGCAUUUAGAAAAGCUGCAUGAAGCCCACUCUGAAUUGCAGAAGAAGAAAGAAGUAAUCGAUGGACUUGAGCCCAAAGUGGACAGCAUCACUGCAAAGAAGAUUGAUGAACUGCAGGAAAUCCUGAAAAAGAAAGAUGAGGACAUGAAGGCUAUGGAAGAACGGUGCAAGCGCUAUGUGGAGAAGGCUCGGACGAUGGAUUUUGAGAAAAGCAAGGCUCAGCGAGAACAAGAAGAAAGGUUGAUAAUCAGUGCUUGGUACAACAUGGGAAUGGCCCUUCAUCAACGAGUAUCUGAAGAAAGGACACAAAACCCCACACAUGCUCAGUCUUUCCUGGCACAGCAGCGGUUGGCUACCAGUGCACGACGUGGACAUAUGGCACGUACACAACAGCAGCAGCAGCUUUCACCAAGAUAAUAUGGGGUGUGAAGGACAUUUCAGUACUCUCAUGAGACAUUCCAGCCUACACAAGUAUUUUGUACUAUGGUUACUAACUUCUUGGCUCUAAACUCAGGUGUGUGGCUCCUAAGCACUUGGGUAUGAGAUCUGUGAUAACCCGUAGCUCUUCGAGCAUAUCGGGCAUCAGUUAGUGUUCCUAAAGAUGGUCAGUCAGAGUUAGAGAACUUGUAAGGCCAGUGAUUUGGAUUGCACCAUUUUAUUGCCCACCUGCAUUACAUUGCUGACAUUUUUGGUUGCUUUUCUCAACUCUGCUUUCCCUGAAUAGCUUGGUAGAUCAUGAUUAAUUGGUAACUGCCUUGUGCUGCUGUUCAUAGGCAACAGCUGGCUGAUGGAUCGUAGAAGUAGCUUACAGAGGCGUCUGAGCAUACAAAUAGAACGCUCCUUCCUUAAUCCUCUAGUCAUCUCUCUGCUCUUUCAGUGCUGCCAUUUUAGGCUUGCUUGGAUUUACAGCUGCUUGUGCUAAGAGGUUAACUUCAGUAACCACAGAUUUAUGGGGGCUGAAUUUACUGUUGGAAAGAGAAAAGGACUCCUUUCUGAGGAAAAAAAAGUUAGUACCUCACACUGGUGUAUCUAAAUGGUAGCUCAUACUUUGCUGUUCCUGGUACACUGACUGCUACAGCUCAGAGUUUCUCAUCAUGUCAGAGGUGUGGAAGCAAUCAGAACAUCAAGGUUUUAAUUUUAAAAUGACUGUCUGUACAUACGUUAUUACAGAGAAGUGGCAAAUCUUGUUCUAGUAAGCCAUGUAAUAUAUUUCAUCCCCAUUCUCCAAGAAAGUAACUAGGGAAGAAAAAAAAUCUUUUAAUUAGAAGUUUCAUUUGACUUGAGUUUUAAACAUUCUCACAUCAUGUAACAUUAACUUAUGCAGGGAUUUUUAAAGUUCAUUUUGUUUUAAUAUCCCAGUUUGGUACAUUCUGUAUUGCAGUAGUUUUAUUUGUAGAUAGCAUUGACCAUCCCAUCAUGCAGUUCAGUAGUCCAGGUGGGAUGAUUAUCAUCUCAUCAGUUGGGAGACUGUUUUUUCUGGAAUCAUUGAGAAAAGUAUUCUGGCAGCAGUCGAAAUCUGCUUCUGUCAAAGCAUGUCAUGGUUAGCAAGCCACGGUGCCUGUGUAGCCAUGUAAUGCUCUUAUUGGUACUUUCACAAUUCUUUGUGGUGUUUGAGCUCUAAAGUUAGUUUUUUUUUUUUUUUGCAGGAACCAAUGUUUACAUUAGCAGUGUUUUAAAAGUGCUUUGUUUUCCUUUUAAGUUUAACAUCAAAUGUAUGAUUUUACGAUUUUAGCAGCAAACACUCUGGGUUUUGUGUCUGUCAUUCCUCUAAUUUGUUGGUGUACAAGUAUCGAUCCUAAGGCUGCUGCUAUCUCGGUAUUUUCACUGUACCUUUGCACUACAAAUAAAACAGCAGUCUUGAGAAUUCCUAUUGCACUUGUCUUCCAUCCUGUAUGUAUUUAUUUGGUAGUGUGUGUGUGUUCUGCUUGCCUAGGUAUAGUAGAGUGGUAACUUGGCAGCAUAUUUUGUCUGCAGUCUGCACAACAGCCUUUGCUUGUAUUUGUGGACAGUGGUAGGAUAGACAGAAGGUACAGAUCAUGAACCUUGUAUGGAAACACAUGAAAGCUGCAGUUGUAGACAUUGUGUUCCAAAUGUACAGAGCUUUUUUGGCAUGGAGGGUGGUAGCUUCACUUCUUGCACUGCAGAAAUGUUUAGAAUGUUAAAUAAACUCAUUUAUUUUAAGAUA